GAACGGCGAAUGUUUUUGAAUUGAGAAACAGUCAAAUUAGUUUUCCGGAGAAUUCGGAUUGUUUUCGGAGGAGCUGCGUGUUUUUUUGAUAGGCAUCAGGAAAAUAAGUGAAAAGUGGUAUUUUCUUGGAACAGGAUGGCCGACGGGAGUGAGAAGACAGUCGCCGAUGAGAUUGUGGUGACAAAAUACAAGACAGCUGGUGAAAUUGUAAAUAGAACCCUCAAGACUUUGCUCGAACACUGCAUAGAUGGUGCCUCGGUGAAGGAGCUUUGCGAUAAAGGUGAUAAACUCAUCACGGAAGAGACGGGAAAGGUCUACAAGAAGGAGAAGGAACUGAAGAAAGGAAUAGCAUUCCCGACAUGCCUCUCGGUGAACAACUGUGUCUGCCACUUUUCACCCAUCAAGAGUGAGCCUGACUAUACUCUCAAGGAUGGCGAUAUUGUGAAAAUCGAUUUGGGUGCACAUAUCGAUGGUUUUAUUGCUGUGGUGGCAUUCACGACGAUUGUGGGUGCAUCAGCGGAGAAACCGGCGACGGGACGCAAAGCAGACGCCGUGUUAGCAGCUUAUUGGGCCAGUGAGGCAGCCCUGCGACUCCUGAAGGUUGGCAAUGGUAAUUACAAAAUCACCGAAGGUGUCCAGAAGGUGGCCGAAGCGUUCAAGUGCAAGCCCAUCGAGGGGAUGCUCAGUCAUCAGCUGAAGCAGUUCAAAAUAGACGGUGAAAAGACCAUCAUUCAGAAUCCGAAUGAGGCGCAGAAGAAGGAGCAUGAAAAGUGUGAAUUUGAUGUGCAUGAGGUGUACGCCAUGGAUGUUCUCAUCAGCACCGGUGAAGGUGUUGGCAAGGAACAAGAUACAAAGGUGUCCAUUUUCAAGAAGACCGACGAGAAUUACCAGCUCAAGAUGAAGACGUCCCGCGCUUUUCUCUCUGAGGUAAAGAGCAAAUUUGGAAAUAUGCCAUUCAAUCUGAGACACUUUGAGGAGGAGACAAAAGCCAGAAUGGGUGUCGUUGAAUGCGUCUCCCACAAAGUCAUCGAGCCAUUCCAGGUUCUCUACGAAAGACCGAAUGAAUUUGUGGCCCAAUUUAAACACACUGUCCUCGUACUGUCCAAUGGCGUGACUCUCGUGACGGGUCUUGACUUCCCGGAGGAUCACUACAAGAGUGAGCACAGCGUGACGGAUCCAGAGAUGAAGGAGCUGCUGAGCCAUGCUGUAAAUAAAAGUGGGAAGAAGAAGAAAAAGAAGGCAGCCGCCGAGGGGAAGGCAUCAGAGACGUCAGCAAGCAGAGAAUCUGCGCCAAAUGCGUAACUUUUGCCGCCCCGCACACAAAUCAUCUUCCUCUGCCCCAAUUUGAUGUCUCAAUGACACUGUUUUGUGGAUCCUUUGUGUGCCAAUUCCUGGGCACAUCUUUCAAUAUGAUUUUCUUUUUUCAAUUAAUUUUUCUUUUGGAUAAAAAAUAGUCAAAGGGCAACGUCCCGCGUUCUUCUUAUUACCCAAUUUGACAUACCCUCAGUGCGAUACUCACAGAGUAACAGGAUUUACCGUGAAUUUCAAUAAAGUGAGAGACAAAACAGAA